AUGCCUGCAAGACAGGUGGACACUGGGAGCAAGUUCUGGCUCUUCUGGAGGCGCUGCAGGCGAUGCAGGCCACGCCAGACGAAAUCAGCUACAAUGCGGCCAUCGUCGCUUGCAAGCACAACUGGCAGAUGGCCCUGGGAAUGUUCGAGAGGAUGCGAGUCCAGGAUAUUCGCCCAGAUGUCGUCAGCUACGGCUCGGCCUUGCACUCCUGUGGAGCUUGCGGUCGCUGGGAGCAGGCGCUGUGCCUCUUCCACAGCUUCCGAGAUCUUCCGGACUCCAGGCCAACGAAGUGCUCUACAGCUCACUGAUCAGUGCCUGCGGAGGCCAAUGGCAAGCCGCCAUGGCCAUCAUGCAGCUCAUGUGCUCGGACCAUAUCCGGCCAGAGACGUGUUCGUUUACGGUGCUGCCAUUAGCUCCUGUGAGCAGGACGGGUGCUGGACAGAGGCCUUACAUUUGAUGGAUCGAAUGGUAGAAAUACAAGUGGCCCCCAACUUGAUUUGCUGCAAUGCCGCCAUCAGUGCCUGCGACAAAGGCGGUCAAUGGCAGUGGGCGCUGGCCUUGUUCAGCAGCCUGCCAUCCCUCUCCAUCCGAAGAGACACCAUCACUUUCAGUGCAGCUAUCAGUGCCUUCCAAGAGUGCCAUGAGUGGGGCGCAGCCCUACACCUCCUCAGCACCAUGACCAAGAAGGGCAUUGCUCCCAAUGAGAUUACUUACACAACAGCCAUCAGUGCCUUGGAGAAAGCUUGCCGCUGGCACGAAGCACUCGAGAUGACAUACAGGAUGGCUGAGCUGCGCUUGCAACCAACUCUAGCGACCUAUGGCGCAGCAAUGAGUGCCUGCGACUCUGCUGCUGCUUGGGGCUCUGCACUGCGACUUUUGGAAGAUAUGUCGCUGGGGCGCCUGGUGCCAACGGGCCUCAUCGCAGGUUCCGCCGCGGGCGCCUUGAGAAAGGGCCCCAAGGCCCUGGAAGUGAUGCUUGAGGACCUACUGCAUCUUUGGGCACCAGACGGGUGCGCGAGUGAGGGCCUGCCACCUCCCCUGCCAGCAGAGAUCCUUGCCUGCCGCUGCGGGGUGCUAGCCGUGUGCAAGCCAGCGGGCGUGAGGACUGAGGAGCUCUUGGAGGAUUUAUAUACCGCCUGGAACCGGCCAAUGUUCUUGGUCUCACGCUUGGACCAUCCAACCUCCGGAGUUUUGCCCAUUGCCCUGGGCGAAGAGGGAUCUGCCACGGUGAGCUGGUUGCAGGCCCAGUUUGCCGGGCGCUUGGUUGAGAAGGAGUAUGUGUGCCUCGUGGAGGGCCAGCUCGGGAGCGGGCUCAUGGAUGCGCCGCUUCACACCAUCCGGCGGGGAGAUCAAAUGCGAACCGAAGUGUCCAGCCUGGGGCGUGAGGCUCGGACAGAAUACGAGGCACUAGCCCUGUACCAAGACUCGAAGAACCAGAAGUACACACUUCUGUCAGUUCGGCCUUUGACAGGACGCACUCAUCAGAUUCGAGUUCACAUGGCAAGCCUUGGCCGGCCCAUUGUGGGCGACCUGACCUACGGAUCCAAGCGGCCGAUGGGAGCUCCCCGCCUCUUUUUGCACUGCCGCCGGGUGGCGCUGCUGGAUGCGUCCCUGGCGCCUUUGGCGGUUCAGGCGCCGCUGCCGCAGGAGCUGCGGCACCAACUGGGGCUCCUCCAGGCGCUCGAGGAGCCUCUAUGCGCAAGGCGCUCAAGCCGCAUGAUUUUGCUCUUCAGUGUGGACAACAGCGUCACCAUUUUGACCGGCACUGUCGCAGGCAUUCUGCUUGAUCGUUAUGGGCCGGCCUCCAUAUCUCUGGCUGGCGGGCUGUUGCAGGCAUGUGGGCUUUUGCUUAUGGGGCUCGCAGGCGGCCCAGACGAGCCAGCCCUGGUGGACGGCUUUCUUCUGGCCUUCGUGAUCAGCGCAGUAGGUGGCACAUGCCUCAUGCUGCAAUCCCUGAAGUUGGCCUUCAUCGUGGCUCCCAAGCACUUUGCGCUGAUAAUGACUUUGUCGAAUUGCCUGGUGGACUCCUCCUCGGUAAUCCCGCUUGGGCUCUACCGCUUCCACGUGGCGGGCAUGUCCCGCGCUGGCAUUUUCACAGGCUAUGCCUUGCUUUGCCUGGUGUCAAGACAAACAUGGAAGAACUGCAAUCCGCCAAACCUGGGGCUUGUGCGGAGCACCCCAGACUUCAUGGAUUGA